CAAAAAUAAUAUAUUAAAAAUAUAAUAGUAGUAAUAAUAUUAAAAUAAUUUUAAUAUUAAUAUAUUAUUAUUAUUAUUUAAAAAUUUAAAGAUAAAGUUUUUUCAAUUUGAUUAUACAACUAAAAUAUAAUAAAAAAUAAUAAAAGAAAGGAAAGAAAUAAAGAAAGAAAGAAAAAUAUAAAAUAAUAAUACGCACUCACUCUAUAAACAAAUAUAAAUAAAAACAAACAAUCCCAAUAAAAAAUGAAUAUAAAAAUAAAAAAUCUUGUAUCAUUAUUUUUUGUAUUACUAUUAAUAAAUAUAAUUAAAGGGGAAGGCUCAGCAAGUAGCGACUAUGAGACAAAUGAUGAUAGCAGUCACAGUGGCAGUACUUGGUCAGAUGGUAAUGGUGAUUUAAAUAGUGUAGAAUUUUGCCCACCUUCUAGACGACUUUGCGAUACUGGAUCUUACAGAGAUACAAAUGAAAGAGUACAUUUAGUUAGAUAUUGUGUAGAAAAAGACGAGGUAUGUUGUGGAUGCAAUUCAGUUUUUACCCCACAUUAUAAUGUAACUUCCGGAAAUGUAACAUAUGUCAAAGUAGGUGAGUGUUUUGGAUGUUCAAAAAAUUCAAGAUGCAGCUUUGAUGUAUUCAAAGAUGGUUUACAACGUUAUUGUACAUCAUCAGGAAAUGUAAGCGGUCCAUUGGGUUUAGUUAUACUAUUAUUAUCUUUGGUCGCAAUUAUAAUUUAA